CUGGUCUCAAUCUCAAGCUGAUCCAAACUGCGUCAGCCCACCUGUGUGACGUCUUUCUUUUUCUUUUGGGGGGUUGUGUGUGUGUGUGCUACAUAGUAGCUGCCAUCCCGGCAGUCGCCUUCCCGCUGCCGCAGCAACCAUCUCGCGUCAAGAGUGUAAAUAAGGCUAACGAACCGCCCCGCCCCUGCUUUUUCUCUCUCCAUACGGUACCAUCCUCUUGCUGUGACUCUGCCGACUGGACAGGGGUCAUCCACCUCCAUACUUGCCCGGGUACCGAAAGCUGGUGGCUGGUAGGGAGAGAGAGACUCUUUUCUGGCUCUGUCUCUGUCCACCUGGGCAUGCUGUCACCGUCAGCCCAUUCCCGUUCCAUUGGCAUCAGGUUCCUGUCGUCGCUGGGUCGGUCGUCCUGUCCUUCCACCCAAGAUCGCUUUACACGACAUCGUCUCUUUUCCUGCGCAGUGCGCGCCCUCAUGUCUCAUAAUACGCGUCGCCGCCCUUGUCCGCUUUCGUGUUGAUCGGUGCGGCUUCCUGCACUGUGCUGGCUACGCUGGCCUUGGUCCCAGGAUUUCUUGUUUGCUUCGUCUCGACGCCCAGCUCGACGCUCGCAGCCCGUCCGACUCCACUCACCAAUCCACUCUGUCGACCAACACCCAGGCCCUGGGGCAAUUCCUUUGCAACAACAACAACAACAACAACAACAUCAAAACCAGGGACGACAACUUCGCCUGCCAGCCUGUCUGCCGGCCUGCCUGCACGAUCCCCAAUCUCGCGCCAAAACAGCAUCACCGAUGUGGACUGAGGGUCUCUGAUGUUUUCCUCCAUCCCGGAUUCCAACAGCCUCCAAAACCGAGCGACCUCGCGCUCGCUGUUGAUAGCGCCCCUCCACCAUGUCGUAUCGACCCCAUCCUCUGCGGCAAGCAUAUACAGCUGACAAUCCAGUCGACCGCCACCCGUCCACGACAUCAUCGGCUUCUUCGGGCUACUCCUUCUCCUCCGGCCAGUUCGACUUGAGUCGCACUACCACCAAGUCGUCUUCAGCAUCUAGUGGUUAUGGAUCCAUGGGUCAUAAGCGCGGCAAGAGCGAGGCCAACGGCCGGCUCUCCUCGCCCAAGAGCCCAGAAUCCCGCCCACAGACCAGCACGGGCAACAUGUAUAGCGCCGCGAGGCAAUCGCUAAGGCCCUUACCGCAGGCUCCUGUCUCAGCACCAACAACACCUCCUCGCGAACCCUACCGCCAUGACCGGGGCCAAUCCAUCGAUAUCGGGAAACUCGCACAUUUUGAGAAGGAGCCAACCUCCCCGAUCCCACCAUCCCGACCCCGGGCCUCCACCAUCCGCCCCAACUCCAUGGUCAUGCCACGUUCCGAUGGUGUUCUUUCAGGCAGCUCCGGUCUGCCUCUGCCGCAGGUGCCUCUCCACCAGACACAUGCAGCGCAGCUCGCUAGACCCGAUCUUGUGACCCUCGGCAGGUCUUCCACAAGUCAGCUGCGCACGUUGUCCAAGCUGGCCCAGUCCGGCGAGGCAGAGGAGUUCGCCAUCACAUCUCCCGCGCAACAGGUCGUCGGUCUGCGUGGCCGUCGCAGGCUCCAGAAAGAACCUGGUUCAAGCCCCGCCGGGCAACGGAGCAGUGCCUAUGGCUGGGAGGGCAGGAAUUGGAUGGACAAGCAACGGCAGUUCUUGCAAGCCUAUGAGUAUCUCUGUCACAUCGGAGAGGCUAAAGAAUGGAUCGAAGACAUUAUACACAGAUCGAUACCUCCAAUUGUUGAGCUUGAAGAGGCAUUGCGAGACGGUGUCACUCUCGCGGAAAUAGUCGAGGCGCUCAACCCAGACAGGCGAUUCAGGAUAUUUCGGCACCAUCGGCUUCAAUACAGGCACUCCGACAACAUCGCCAUCUUCUUUCGCUAUCUGGACGAGGUUGCGUUACCGGACCUGUUCAGGUUCGAGCUGAUCGAUCUUUACGAAAAGAAAAACAUACCAAAGGUCAUAUACUGUAUCCACGCGCUAAGCUGGCUGCUCUUCCGCAAGGGAAUAGUUGACUUCCGCAUCGGUAACCUUGUCGGACAGCUCGAGUUCGAGCACCAUGAAUUGGAGGCUAUGCAGAAAGGCCUGGAUAAACUCGGUGUCAACAUGCCCAGCUUCGGUACAAUGGGUGCCGAUUUUGGUGAACAGGCACCGCCCGAGCCCGUGGAGACCGAAGAGGAGAGGAUCGACCGGGAGCUUUCGGAGCACGAGGACACCGUCCUUGAUCUCCAAGCCCAGAUUAGAGGCGCCAUAUGCAGGAUGAGGUUGGGCAGUGUGAUGCAACGCCUCUGGAAUACGGAGGACUUGUUGGUCGAUCUUCAGUCACGCAUUCGCGGGGACUGGACCCGCCAAGUAAUUGGGUACAGACUGCAGAUGAGGCGCUUUGCCGUCAACCUCCAAAGCGCAGCCCGGGGUUUCCUCGUCCGUCGGCGGCAGAUGCAAAAAGACAGUCUCUGGAAAAACAUGGAGGGCGACAUCCUUGAGUUGCAGAGCAUGAUACGGGCUGCCAAAGUCCGUAGCGAGGUACGAGACGUGCGCUCUCAGCUGGCUCGAGUGUCUGGGCCUGUUCGCGAUGUUCAGGCGGCGUUUUUAGGAUUCCUAGCCCGCCAGAACGUCGUUCGCCAGAAGCAGGAGACGGCUCGCAUGGCUGGCCCUAUCGUUAGGUUCCAGGCUGCCCUCCGAGGAGCGCUUCUGAGGAACAGGUUGGACGACGACCAGGAACUACUUGCAAGACAGGCUCAGGCCAUCACCGGCCUCCAAGCUGCUGCACGCGCAAUGCUGACCAGAAACCAGGCCGCUGUGCAAAGGAAGACUCUUGACCACUACACCCCUGAGUGGGAGUCUCUCCAGGCUGCUUGUCGCGGAAGAAAGGCAAGAAUGGCCGUCCAAGCCACGAAAUCCGAACUAAGCCAGCACUCAUCAACAAUAGAGGCCCUGCAGGCCUGCAUCCGUGCAGGCGCCGUUCGCCGUGAUGUUACACGUCUCCUCGACGGCCUGAGCGAUCAUGAGCUUGAGAUAAUCGACCUACAGUCCGCAAUGCGGGGCAUGCUACGACGACAGCAACUUGACAACGAUCGCCAAGCAUUGGCAGAGCAAACGCCCUUUAUCACCUAUUUUCAAGCGUGCAUACGUGGUGACCUGUCUCGCGCGAAACACCUGGCCUUGCUCGAGGAGCUCGAAUCUCAUGAGGAUGGUGUGGUCGGCCUGCAGUCACUUAUUAGGGCUGCGAUGCUUAGAGAGAAUAUCGGUUUCCUGAUCAGCGCGCUUGAAGAGGAAGAAGAGUCUAUAGUUGCCGUCCAAGCCGCCGCAAAAGCUUUCAUCGUUCGAGCGAGGUUCGAAGAGAAGAAGCGAUUUUUCCACGAGAACAUGCAGAAAGUCGUCAAGAUCCAAAGUUUCGUCAGAGGAAAGCUUCAAGGUGAAGCGUAUAAGAGUCUCACGACUGGCAAGAACCCACCUGUUGGGGCAGUCAAGAACUUUGUUCAUCUUCUCAAUGACAGCGACUUUGACUUCCACGAGGAGGUGGAGUUUGAGCGCAUGAGGAAGACCGUCGUUCAGCAGGUCAGGCAGAAUGAAAUGCUGGAGCAGUACAUCGACCAGCUUGAUAUUAAGAUCGCGCUACUCGUCAAGAACAAGAUCACAUUGGACGAGGUUGUGCGACAUCAACACAACUACGGUGGGCACGCGGGCACGCUACUCGCCAACAGUUCCAUGAUCACGGCGAACCAGUUCGACCUCAAAGCCCUCAACAAGAGCUCCCGAAAGAAACUCGACUUGUACCAGCAGCUCUUCUUCAACCUACAGACACAGCCUCAAUAUCUGGCACGCCUCUUCAAGCGUGUCCGCGAGCAGGGCACCGCGGAGAAGGAAUGCAAGCGUAUCGAGAUUCUGAUGAUGGGCCUAUUCGGAUACGCUCAGAAGCGACGCGAGGAGUACUACCUGCUCAAGCUUGUGGCGCGCUCGAUCAAGGAGGAGAUUGAGGCAUGCAACGCCGUCCAAGAAUACCUGCGCGGCAACUUCUUUUGGACAAAACUUCUCAGCAACUACACAAGGUCCCCACGCGACAGGAAAUACCUACGAGACCUCCUCGGCCCCUUGAUCCGAGACAACAUCAUUGAAGACCCAGCGCUGGAUCUGGAGAGCGACCCGAUGCAGAUCUACCGUUCUGCUAUCAACAACGAAGAACUUCGGACUGGCCAGCCCAGCAGGAGGCCGCUGGACAUCCCCCGGGAACUGGCUAUAAAAGAUCCGGAGACCCGAGGGGUAUUCAUCGACCACCUCCGUGACCUCCGCGAAAUCUGCGAUCAAUUCUUACUGGCCCUGGAAGACCUCCUUCCUCGACUUCCCUAUGGGAUGCGAUAUUUGUGCCAACAAAUGUUCCAGUUCCUCUGCCAACACUUCAAGCGGGAGCCGCAGCAACAGCUACUUCAGAUGGUUGCCCACUGGUUUUGGCGGUUCUACCUCCACAACGCGCUGACAUCGCCGGAGAACGUCGGAGUCAUUGAGAAGCAGCUCAGCCCUCUACAGAAGCGCAACUUGAGUGAGGUCGCAAAGGUGCUCGGGCAGGUUGCUUCCGGCCGACACUUUGGUGGUGAAAACGUCUACUUACAACCCCUCAACGCUUUCAUCGGAGAGUCCAUCGAGCGUCUGGCUCACAUCAUGAGGGAAUUGAUCUCAGUUCCCGACGCUGAGAGCACGUUCGACAUUGAUGAAUUCAACGACUUGUACGCGAAAAACCGGCCAACGCUGUACAUCAAGAUGAGCGAUAUUUUUGCCAUUCACAAUCUGGUGGCUAGCGAGCUUCCCUUCAUUUGCCCCAACCGUGACGAUGUGCUCCGUGAGAUCAUGCAAGAUCUUGGUAGCGCCAAGAACAAUGAGAACGAGAUGACAGCUACGGGCUCAUCCGAUAUCCAAAUGUUCCUCACGCCAAAGCUUCACGAUGUGGAUGACCCAGAGGCCGAGGUCAAGGCUUUGUUUAUGGAGACGAAGCGGUGCGUCUUGUACAUCAUACGCGUUCAAAGCGGCGCGCACCUUCUCGAAAUCCUGGUCAAGCCAAUUACGCCCGAGGAUGAGCGCAAGUGGGAGAUGGUGCUACACGAGGACUUCGCUGGGAAUGACAACACCAGAGGCGCCUACUCGGAUGCCAACAUGGUCGAUGUCACGAGGAUGUCUUACCAUGAGCUCAAGCGGACAGCCCUGCAAAACGUCAUGGCGCUCGAGCACAUGGGCCGGAUUUCAAAACAUAAUCAUUACCAAGAUGUGCUCAAUGCCAUCGCUCUCGAUAUUCGCACAAAAAGCAGAAGGAGGAUUCAACGACAGCGCGAAGUAGAAGGCGUGCGUCUCACGCUGGGCAAUCUGCACGAGAAGGCCAAGUACCUCGAGCAGCAGCGCAAGAGCUACGACGACUACAUCGAGCAGGCCAUGUCAACAUUGCAGAAGAACAAAGGAAAGAAAAAGUUCCUCCUCCCCUUCACCCGCCAAUACAACCACCAGCGAGAGCUUGAACGAAGCGGCCGCGUACCCAAGUUUGGAUCGUACAAAUACAGCGCGCGGCAGCUCAUGGACAAGGGCGUGCUAGUUCAGUGGACCGGCACAGCGGACCGUGACUGGGACAAGAUCAACCUCACCAUCUCUUGCGACCAGGUCGGAGUGUUUGCAAUCGAGGGCUCGAGGGGCCACAUUCAAAUCCCCGGUGCUAGUGCAUUGGUGCCCAUUGAGGACUUGCUGCAGGCGCAGUUUGAGAGCCACCAGUUUAUGACGCUUUUUGAGGGAAACCUGAAGCUGAACGUCAAUUUGCUGCUGCACUUGGUGUACAAAAAAUUCUAUAAAACUCAAUAAUGAGUAAUGAGUCAGAGGCCGUUAUGAGAAGGUGCAGGCAGAAGCGAAGAGUGCGGGACGAAGUAUGAUGAUGGAUGACCUGGAUGAGGACGACGACCACCGCUGGUCACAAGACAUGACACAGGAGACGAAUCGUACGGGACGCAGUACUGAGAUUUGGUUGAAUGGACGGAUGGACGGAUGGAUGGAUUGACUCAUGGAUACCUAUUUUACUCCCACCCACAGGCAGAAUUGGUGUUAUAGGCGUGUUCUGCAUCUGCUUUCAAAUGGAAUUGAUUACUGGAA